AUGUCGGCCGCUAGAUCUAACCCCCCUCUCACGAUGCUUCGCGUCAAGGGAACUAAGAUUGUCGACGAGAAUGACAAUGAAGUAAUCCUCAAGGGCGCCGGCCUCGGUGGCAUGCUCAACAUGGAGAACUUCAUCACCGGGUACGCUGGUCACGAGCACGAACACCGCGCUGCCUUGGAAGAAGUCCUGGGCAAGGAAAAAGCCGACUUCUUCUUCAACCGUCUCAUCCACCACUUUUUCACAGAGGCUGACGCUGCCUUAUACGCACAACUGGGUCUCAACUGCUUGAGGAUACCCUUCAACUACCGUCACUUCCAGGAUGACGACAACCCGAGCGUAAUUAAGCAGUCUGGCUUCGAUCUUCUCGAUCGACUCGUUAGUAUUUGCGCCAAGUACAACAUCUAUGUCAUCCUUGACCUCCAUGCGGUGCAAGGUGGGCAGAACCAGGACUGGCACAGCGACUCAGGAAUCAGCAGAGCACUUUUCUGGGAAUUUAAAGACUUUCAGGAUCGCGCAAUUCAAUUAUGGGAGGCUCUCGCCCGUCAUUACGCCGGCAACAAGGUCAUUGCGGGAUACAAUCCCCUGAAUGAGCCAGCAGACCCCGAGCACACCCGCCUCAUCGCAUGGUACGAGCGCGCCGAGAAGGCGAUCCGCGCUAUCGACCCUGACCACAUCCUCUUCCUGGACGGCAACACCUACGCCAUGGACUUCUCUGCCUUCUCACCAGAAAAGACACUGCCCAACAGUGUCUACAGCUGCCACGACUACAGCAUGAUGGGCUUUCCCCUUCCCGAGCAGUACGACGGCACAUCUGAACAGAAGGAGAAGCUGCGCACAAGUCUUAAGCGUAAGGUGGAAUUCAUGCAAAAGGCCGGUGUGCCGAUUUGGAACGGCGAGUGGGGCCCCGUCUACCAGAACCCGAAGACGGAUCCCAACGCCGAGGCGACCAACGAGAAGCGCUUCGCGUUACUCAAGGAGCAGCUCGCCAUAUACCGGGAGCUCGACGGCAUCUCAUGGAGCAUCUGGUUGUACAAGGAUAUCGGCUACCAAGGCAUGGUCUACCUCGACCCGGAAAGCCCGUACAUGCGCCUCAUCCAGCCGUUUGUUGAGAAGAAGCAACGAAACGGUCUCGACUUUUGGGGUUGCGCAGACAAGAGCGCCAUCGACAACGAGGUGUACGCGCCGUUUAUCGAGAAGCUGAAGAAGCAAAUCCCCGCGCACUUGCUCAAGAAGAAGUAUCCCAAGGUAUGGAACUUUGACAGGCAAGUCGAGCGUGUAGUGCGUGAGUGUUUGAUGAGCGAGUAUGCUGGCUGGGAGUUUGCGGAGCUGUUCAAGGGCAAGACAGAGGAUGAGCUCGAGGAGCUGGCGGCUAGCUUUGCAUUGGAGAACUGCAAGACGCGCGAUCGCCUCAAUGAGUAUUUGAAGGAGGAUGCGGUGACAGCGAAUGGGAAGCUCACGAAUGGGACUAAUGGCCACGCAUAA